CUCUGUGUCCGGUUCUACUGACUUUUCUGACUGACGGCCCCUCAGAUCUAGUGGGGAGCAACCCGACUUAAGUUGUCAUGAAAAAGGAAGAAAGGAGGAGGUGAAGAUCUCAGCUGGGGAUGUGCAGGGCUGGCCAGCUCCAGGUACAAGGGAUUGCCUGCAGAUUGCUUCUCUGAGUCCCUCCUCCCAGAAUCAGGAGAGUCUAAGCUGAAGAAGAGUCUUCCUCCUUCAAUAGUAACAUGCCAGCAGUCCUCCCAGCCAAUGAUUCUUUUGCAGCAGGCAGGACUUCCUCCUCAUCCUUGUCCUGAGAAGCCUUCAUCUCCUCCUAUGUCAGUGGCCACAAGGCCAAGAGCCAACUCACCACUGUCCCCACAGAAACCGUUUGGACUGGGGCCUUCCUUGCAGCACUCACAAGAAGAGGAGCUUACAAAGGAUCCUGUGCUGGAGGAACUAUGUAAGCCUCUGUGUUGUAAACUUUGCAAUGUCACUCUGAAUUCAGCACAGCAAGCCCAGGCGCAUUACCAGGGUAAAAACCAUAGUAAGAAACUUCGGAAUUACUAUGCUGCAAAUAGUUGCCCAGCUCCUGCCAGAAUGAGCAAUUCAGUAGAGCCUGCCAUGCCUCAGAUUGUCUCCCAUCCAGCUCAGAUGAGCGCCUCUAAACCAGGAGGCCGAGUGAUCAUGGCCACCGAGAAUGAUUACUGCAAGCUUUGUGAUGCCUCAUUUAGUUCCCCAGCUGUGGCCCAGGCUCACUACCAAGGAAAGAAUCAUGCCAAGAGGCUACGCCUGGCAGAAGCACAGAACAACUCAUUCUCGGAUACAUCAGAACUGGGCAAACGGAGGGCACGGAAAGAAGGGAAUGACUAUAAGAUGAUGCAGAAUAGAAGAAAUGUGUAUGCGGUUCAGAACAGUACAGGUCCCUACUUCAAUCCACGCUCCCGCCAGCGAAUUCCUCGUGAUCUCGCCAUGUGUGUCACCCCAAGUGGCCAGUACUACUGUUCCAUGUGCAAUGCCGGGGCUAGCGAAGAGAUGGAGUUCCGACAACAUUUAGAAAGUAAACAGCACAAAAGCAAGGUGUCUGAACAGCGGUAUAGGAAUGAGAUGGAGAAUCUUGGCUAUGUACAAUGACACGCUAUCCCUUGGUAGUGGUUUGCAAAUAGAGCAGCUUGUCUCGCCUGCUGUUUGCCACAUGCCCUGCUUUGUGCUCCAUUUGAUAGGAGUAUGCUCUCUAGCUAUAAUGUAACACCUGCAAACUUAAUGGUAUGGUUAGGGGUUUUUAUAUCGCUGUUGGCAGGAAUAUGCUCUGCAGGAUGUGAAGUGGUUUUAAUGUUUGUUUGCUUGUUAUCUAAAGCUCUUCAUUGCAUUUUGGGGGAGCCCUGUCCUCCCCCAUGCCCUGUUGCAUGAAUGUGCAAGGCCCAAGAAGCACUGGGACCACCACGGUUCUACCAUGCAGGCAGGGUAUGUGGAGACGCAACACCCCUUUUGGCGUGUCCUGGAGCUGUGCUCCACAGCAUCACUCCACAGCAGGGGGACUUUAUGGGCAGGCUAGAGAAGAGGAGUGAACAGAGCCAGCGGACGUGUGAAUGGCAUUGCUGGCCACACAUCCCUGCUAGCAGAAGCGUCAGAGGCUAAUAGCCUCAAAUACAACUUACAGCAGGUGCCUCCUGCAUUCCUGUCAGUAUGGCACAGAGGCUGUGCACAUACCCUUAGGAGUAUCCUAUCUCUCUCACCCUCACAUAGGCCACCCCCGAGUGUUUAGACUUCAAGUGGCUGGUGAGGAUUUCAACCUAACGUCUGCAUUAGGAGAGUAGCUGAUCUGUUAACAUCAGCAGAUAUUCUCUUCUGUCAAGGAGGAUAGAUUCUGGUCCAUUCUUGGCAAUGGAUUUUUACCACACUGGAGCCAAUAGGCAUCUUUAUGCAGUGUGGGUGAAAUUCACCUAUGGGAGCAGGGCCUGUGCAGGGCCCAGAGAGCAACAGAAGCGAAUAUAAUCUGAUGGAGGCUCUGUACUGAGCCUUGGCCCUCUAUAGGACAGCAUGGAUAGUGCAAUGAGGAUGGGCUGGGGAGGAAUCGUGGGUCCAAACACUCUAUCAAAUUGGUGCUGAGGGAGGUCAGGUGCUGUUCUCCAGCCUGUAGUAACUGUAGAGGGGGUGGGUCUGUGAUGUAGUAAAAUUCUCUGGAAAUUGGGGAUUAUUGGAUUUCAACUGCCUCAACUGCCACUCCAUUCAGCUGCACUAAGCCUGACAGGUGUUAUAUGUGCAAAGUGAAAUUCACCCUUGGACAAGAGCUGCUCGUGUUGGGCAUAUUUCCUUUCUUCCCUUUACUCUAAGUCUCAGACUGGGCUUUCCUUUAUCUUGCUUCCCACUGAACAUCAGCGUUUUAGUCUUUUGUUUUAGGGAAGGAAUAAUGAGCGUGAUUGUCAUAUUCUCCCAUGUAUUAUCUCCAGGCUAGGCUGCUGUGCUGCCCCUUAUUAGGGUGACCAGACAGCAAGUGUGAAAAAUUGGGACGGGGGGGAGGGAGUAAUAGGAUCCUAUUUCAGAAAAAGCCCCA